AUGGAUGGCACAAAACUGACAACAUUUCGGUUGGUCAUAGUUGGUUCUGCAAGAACGGGCAAAUCAUCACUUGUUGGACGAUUUCUCGAUGCGGACUUUGAGGAUCGAUAUAUUCCUACAAUUGAAAACUUUUACCGGAAAUUGUACAAAAUUAAAAGCGAAGUCUAUCAGCUAGACAUUAUCGACUGCUCAGGCAACGAUCCAUUUCCAGCCGCUCGCAAGCUCAGCUUUAUCUCAGGUGAUAUGUUCCUUAUUGUAUCUUCUGUUGACAAUGCUGAUUCUGUAACUCAUAUGAUUGAUAUUCGACAACAAAUUCAUGACUGUAAAGCUUCACGGGGUGCCGCCGGCGGUGACGACACACCAUGUGUAUUUAUCCUGAAUAAGGCUGAUCUCCCAGAACAUCGUUGGCAGACAACUGAAAAGGAAGUAGCUGAAUUGGUAGAGCAAGCAACAGGAUCGAAAGACAGCUUAAUAGUUUGUUCGGCAGCUACGAAUCUUAAUAUUGAUAAGGCCUUCGCCAAAUUGUUCACUAUGAAUAAAUGUCCCAAGCACAUGAACCCGGAGUUGCAUAAGAUGCUUCGAAAUGAAUUAUCAGCCGAUGGUGAAACUGGACGUCGGCAUAUUCUAAGACGGAUGAGGAGUCGAUUUUCACGAGAACAGGAGGACAUGACCAUAUACACAGAUUUGAACGCUCGACGGCCAAGUCUUCGUACUGACCUGCUUAUCAAUAGGUCAAAGACCUCAGUGAUCCAUCAGCACUUUUCUCAACAACACUCACCUCAGCGUCAACGACGAAAUGCCGACGGCGGUCGAUGCGUACUUAUGUAA